CGGGUAGAAGUAAACAAACAGCUCCCAUAUGGCAUGUCUGCUCCGAGUAUUAAGAUCGCCGGCCUUGCUAUGGCUGCUUCUGUUAGGAGUGGGGGGUAUGUGCAUGGGGGGUAGCUGCGCUCCUGUCAUUUUUUGAUUUUUUUUUUAUUAUAUGAAAGGUUCAUUUUCGAUGUGAUCUGUCCGAUAGGAGGGUGUCUGCAGAAUGCUGAAGGGGGAUGGGUUCGGGUGGGGGCAGCUGAAGCAGGCGUACGGGGGGGGGGGGGGUCGGAACUGGAAUGUGGCUUCGUGGAGGAGGGAGGCACAUUCGCGACACAAAAUAAAGACGGAAGGAAUGACAGAGCAAAGAGCCCUCGAGUCCCACCCGUCACCCGCACCGCACGCUCUCUCUAGCAGGCCAAGCGCCAGAAGUUUGCUUUCCUCGAAUCCACGCCGAUAAAUGAAAGAAAAAGAACGAAAACACCCCCCUGCGCGCACACACACCGACGAUCCACCCCCCCCUCCUCGAAAUGAAGGGUGAAAGUUCACAGGAAGCUGGGGGGCUGCCAUUUUUUCUGCAAACAUUUUUCCCCCGAUGCGAAGACGAAGUGUUUCGGGACUGUAAUUGAAUUUUCUCGCGUUCUCUUUUCGGAGAGGUGGGUAGCGAUCCUGGGCGCGCGGCUAUGGAGAGGGUGGCUGAUCAGUCGUGGAGCUCCUCGUACACGUACCAGGUGAGCAAACACAGCGCCGAGAUGCUCAGCAACCUGAACAACCAGAGGAAAAAUGGAGGAAGGUUCUGCGAUGUGAUCCUGCGGGUCGGAGACGAGAGCUUCCCGGCGCACAAGGCGGUGCUGGCUGCCUGCAGCGAGUAUUUCGAGUCGGUGUUCAGCUGCCAAGCGGAGGACGGCGGAGACAGCGGCGGUGGUGGUGGAGGAGGAGGAGGAGGCGGCGGCGGCAGCAGCAGCAGCAACGAGACCAAGGAGCUGGAGAUGCACACCAUCAGCUCCAAAGUUUUCAAAGACAUCCUGGACUUCGCGUACACAUCGAAGAUUGUGGUGCGCCUCGAGUGCUUCCCCGAGCUCAUGACUGCCGCUAAGUUUCUGCUCAUGCGCUCCGUCAUCGAGAUCUGCCAGGAGGUGAUCAAGCAGUCCAACGUACAGAUCCUGGUGCCGCCUGCUCGGCCCGACUUGGCGCUUUUCCGCGCCGGGGCCCCUGACCUCGGCUACCCCCUGGACAUGUCCAACGGCUCGGGGCUGCUCGCCAAUGGCUCGGUCUUCCCAGGGGCUCACGACGGGGAGGUGAACCCGCGGGGUGCCAGCCCCCAGGCCUUGGCUCCGCUGCCCGGCCCGGCUCCUCAGCUCUCCCCGCAGUUGUUGGCCGGUCCUUUCCCCGGCGGCGGGGCCUCAGGGGGCGGCCUGGCAGGAAAGCGGGGCCGGGGGCGGCCCAAGAAGAUUGCCAACGCCGAUCCCUUGUUGUUUGGCGGGCCCGCCAUCCCCAAAGACGUGGGCUUCUUCCCAUGCGGGCUGUGCGGGAAAGUGUUUACGGAUACCAGCCGCUUGCGGAACCACGAAGCCCAACACGGCGCCGCGGCGGCUGCCGCAGCCGCUUCCGGGGGGCUACACGGCCUGGGUGGCGCGGUAAGUCAGCAGCAACAACAACAACAGCAGCCGCCGCCUUCGGCACAGGGGCCACCCAUUGGACUCGGAGCGGCUAUCGGACUGGGCGACAACGGCCUGGCUUUGCAGGGCCUCCCCGACACCGCGCGCAAACGCGAGAGGACGAGGCGGCACGUCGGCUGCGACAUCUGCGGGAAAGUGUUCCGGGACGUGUACCACCUGAACCGGCACAAGCUGUCUCACUCAGGAGAGAAGCCGUACGCUUGUCCCGUGUGUGGGCUGCGCUUCAAGAGGAAGGACCGCAUGUCGUACCAUGUGCGCUCCCACGACGGCUCGGUGGGCAAACCCUACGUGUGCCAGAGCUGCGGCAAGGGCUUCUCCAGGCCAGAUCAUCUCAAUGGGCACAUCAAGCAGGUUCACACCUCAGAGAGACCUCACAAGUGCCAGACCUGCAAUGCCUCAUUUGCCACUAGAGACCGUCUGCGUUCCCACUUAGCAUGCCAUGAAGACAAAAUUCCUUGCCAGGUCUGUGGCAAGUUCCUGCGAGCAGCCUACAUGACAGAUCACUUAAAGAAGCACAGCGAGGGACCUCAUAACUACUGCAGUAUCUGUGACAAAGGUUUCUCAACUGCUUCCUACCUAAAGGUCCACGUAAAAACGCACCACGGUAGUGCCCUCCCCGGCAACGCCCAAUUUACCGAGCAGAGGGAUCAGAACGGGGGAGCAGCUUUCCACGCUGGCCGGACAUGUGCUGCUGAAGACUUUUGUGCCAGUCGGAGGCUGCUUGUCAAUUUCCCAGACACAGAUCCACUUUUCCGAGGCUUGCCCCAGGCGCCCCCAGUGCUACCAGCCUGCCCGACCUCUCUUGGCUUCCAACCCGAGGUUUUCUUGGGAAAACCUGGGGCUCCAUACUUUUGGGAGUGCCGGGCGCCUGGAUUCUCAGGGGUCUCAAAUCCUGGGCAUCACGCAGAUGGCCAGGAAGACCUGCAGAAGUGUCCCCAUCAGGAUGACAACUCAGACAGUUCAUUUGGGGAGCUGUCAGACACAGGAGAGCUGAAACCCCGUCACAAGGUGGAAGAGAGCCUUUCGUUUCAGUGUGAGGCUACAGCAAGCACUGGUGGCAAGAUGAAGAAUGAACCAGAAAAGAAACAUACCUGUUCUGAAUGUGGGAACUCUUUCCGUUCCAAAUCGUAUCUGAACAAGCACAUACAGAAGGCUCAUGCCCCUCAGAAAGCCCUGGGACCUGGGGGAACACUGGGAGAGCUGGCCCCUAGCCUCAACUCCCCUUUCUCACCCCAACAGAACAUGUCGUUGCUUGAGUCCUUUGGCUUCCAGAUUGUCCAGUCAGCUUUCGCCUCAUCGUUGGUUGAUUCUGAGGCCGGACACAGCAGCAUGAGCCUGGGAGGGAAGUGAUUGGGGGAAGACUGCUUCCUAAGAUGAGACGGGUAGAGCUCCUUGGCAAUGAUUGCUUUCCAGGGAGGAGGGUAUACAUAGGGAGGCAGAGGAGAGAGAAGAAAUCAGGAGAUAGUUUGUGUGUGUGGCAAAAAAGGCACACUUGAUUGUUGGUGCAGGUCUCAGGGGGGUGGGAGUUGUUCAUAAUACCCCAUCAAGUUGUGUUUGAUUUUAAAACUUCCUUCCUCCCUGGUGAAGUUAUGUGUAUAGUGCUGUAAAAAGAUAUCUUCUAUCAUGGAGUUUGGGAGGGAAGGGGAGGGAAAGGGAGCAGAAGGGACGGGUGCUUAGUUUAGGUAGGUAGUACUGACAUGUCCUUCACUCAUGCUAUUCAGUGCCACACCGUAAUGCGUGGUUUCCAUAUAUCAGGUGGACUGAUGACAUUUCUAUCUUAUUUUGCUUUUGUAAUGGGAAAUAGGGGCCAGGGAUUAAAAUGUUGAAGAAUGGGGAGCAGGUCUUAGCAGAGCCUUCAUAAAUUUUAAUAACUGCCGUGGACGCCACCUCUGCAGUGUUGGGCAUAUAUCUUGCUGGUCUGUAACCCUUUUGAUUCAGUGAUCCCUAAAUGUGGCUUGUUGCAUUGUAUCCCUCUAGCAGAAUGGCUGCACACUUUUUGCUCCAGAGAACUAUCAGGUUGUUUAAUGCCACUGGCACAAGCUCAUAACAUUCAUUUUUUUUUUUAUCUUUUAAUGUCAUGCGUUCUGAAUGAGUGUGCUCUCUGGGUAUUAGUGAAGGUAGGGAUUUCUUUGGCUUUUGCAGUUCCCAUAGCUGUCAUCUUUUUCACAUUAACACUUUACAGUUAUUUAGGUCUUUUCUGGUGUCAUGUUGGAUUACCUGGUAUAUGCACUUGACAUUGAGGGGUCUGCUUAGUCUCAACUAAAACCUUGCGCUUCAAAGUAGAGUUUGGCUGUACUUAAUUGUAAACGACUUUCCCCUUUGCGUGAAAAUGUAUAUUUCACACAGGCAGCCUAUACAAGAUAAUUAGUGGUGGUCUUUAUCUUCAUGUAAAGGCAACUGAAUCAUGUUAAGUAUUAGCACUUUUAGUCCCAUUUUGUCUGCAAGACCACCCACCUCAUGUAAUUUUCUGCACCAUGAUCUUCUGUGUAACAAUCUAAUGCUUCCCCACUUCUUGAUACAAACAGGUAUUCCACAAAAAAGUCUCUCUUUUCUCAAUGUCAGUUGACUUCUAUUUUAAGAGCCUUCUAAUAAAUAAGCACUGCAUCCUGUACCAUCUCCUAAUAGUUUAAUGUACCCAGUUAUGAAGUAACAUAAUUUAUUGCAGUGUCCUUCCUAGUCAAGUAAAGAGAGUAAAAAGUUGUUCUAGCACUUCCUGCGUCCGGUAAUCUCUUUUAGGCAGUUAAUGCACAUUGUGAGACUAUGGCAGUGGCCUCUGACUUCUUGUGUUUUCAGUAAAGAUUAUGUUUCUUUCGGUGUGUUGUCCAACUAGUGCUUCAGUCAAGGCUCAGAAGUUAGGAGCAAUUGGUAAUAUUCAGAUAUACAGAGUUAUAAUACAUAUACUGUCAAUUAUUGCCUGCAUAAGAAUAUCAGUAAAGCAGCAAUAAUAUGGGUAUGCCUGCAACCAGAAACUAUUUGGGAAUUUUACACAGCAGCAUACAAAACACACCAAGAGUUCUCUGUUCCUGAGCUCCAGAGUCUGGCAGCAGUCCUGUCACCAAGCCAGCUAAUUCUGACUUCCUGCUUUGACAUUUGGGACAUUUUCAUAAUGAUUCAGAGCUUCUGUAUCCUGUCUAGGUCAAUUGAAUUACUGGCAUUUCUUUUGUUGAAUCCUCCAUAAUUGUGCAUUAUUGUCCAGCCAGUUGUGCGUAGGAGAGGGCAUUAAGAAUUCAUUAUGCACAGUACACUUCCUGUGUGUAAUUGAAGGUGGAUGAAGCUGCCCUUUCCACAGCUGCUUUGUGAUCCUGCUCUUCGUCAGUAUAGCCUAGGUGCGCUUGUGAUCAAACCCUUGGAGCUGUACAGCUGUGCCAAGUAAGCAGAUACGCUUUUCAAAGUUUUUUUUUUUUUUUUCUUUCUUUCAAGUAUGCAUUAGAAAAAUAUAACUGAAGAGCAGAUUGAUUAAAUUGUACUUGAUUGUAAAUCUCCAUACAGGUUAAUUAUUUGGUCUUUUUUUUUUUCCUUUUUUGCAGGAAAGAAAUUGAAAGCUUUAACAUUCCUUUUUCCAUUAUGGUAGAUUUAAGUGUGAGUUGGUUUUAAUAACUGUUUUUAUCUUGGUUGUACAUUACAUUUAAUUUGCCAUAAACUACUAUAAUUUAGACACUAGAGGCCUGAGACUGGAGAAUAAAGUAGAAAUAGGUUACUUGCUUUAAAUACAUGGGUCUAAAAAAAAAAAAAGACUUUUUUGGAACAAGCUGGAAUUUCAAAAGUGGUGACGUUAAUAUGGGUAUUGACAUGUUUGGAAA